AUGUACUCGAGAGCCGCUCGCCGUGGUCUCAAUGGCUCUCUCCCGCGGGCCGCUCGUUCCCAGUCAAACGCCCGGACGGCUUGGCUUACAGACCUCCGGCUCCGGAGCCUGGGGUCUGCCCCCGUGACUCCCGUAACCCUCGCCCAACGGGCAUUCCACUCAAAGUCCAGCGAUCGCUCCGUGGCGGACGCCGCACCCAUCGAGAGGAAGGCCACAUUCGAGAAGAGACAGGAGCCCUCGCCGUUCGAUGGCGUCCGGGAACGCAGGGCCAAAGCCGGCAAACUGAUAGCCGGCGUGGCUGCGGCGUCAGACAGUGACAUGUUCAAGGCUCCCGCCAUUGGCAAGCCUGCAGCAAAGCGCUGGGACCAUCACCUGUCGCCGGAAUCCCUCUCCCGGCACCCUUGCUCCUUGAAACAGGCCGCGCGCCACCUCAAGAAACCGGGUCUUAUCUCUCUCGGCGGAGGGCUCCCUUCGAGCGCCUACUUCCCCUACGCCGAGCUCUCGCUCCGGGUUCCCACGGCCCCGCACUUCUCCGAAGCCGAGACCAUCGCCUCGGGCCAGACCCUCACCGUCGGCAAGUACGACACCCGCGACCCGGAGCAGCCCGGCGCAGAGUACGACCUCUCCAUCGCCCUCAACUACACCCAGUCCACCGGCUCCGCGCAGAUGAUGCGCUUCGUCACCGAGCACACCGAGCUCGUCUACAGCCCUCCCUACGCCGACUGGCAAUGCUGCCAGACCGUCGGCAGCACCGCCGCCCUCGAGCAGACACUCCGUAUGUUCUGCGACAAGGACCGUGGGGACUCGGUCCUCACCGAGGAGUACAGCUUCUCCACGGCACUCGAGACCAUCGGCCCGCUCGGCGUCAAGGCCGUCGGCGUCCCCAUCGACGCCGAGGGUCUGCUCCCCGAGGCCAUGGACGAAAUCCUCACCGGGUGGGACCCGGAGGCCCGAGGCGGCCGCCGGAAACCCCACCUGUUGUACACCGUCCCCUCGGGCCAGAACCCUACGGGCGCGACGCAGUCCGCCGCGCGCAGGCGGGCCAUCUACGCCGUGGCGCAGAAGCAUGACCUGUACAUCAUCGAGGACGAGCCCUACUACUUCAUCCAGAUGCAGCCCUACACCGGCCCGGACGCGCCCUCAGCGCCUCCCCCGGCCUCCGUCACCGAGUUCCUCGGCACGCUGAUCCCCUCGCUGCUGAGCAUGGACACGGACGGCCGCGUGCUGCGGAUGGACUCCUUCUCCAAGGUCCUCAUGCCGGGGUCGCGGCUGGGGUGGGUGACGGCCUCGGCCCAGGUCAUCGAGAGGUUCAUCCGCCACGCCGAGGUCGCCAACCAGGGCCCUUCGGGCCUCUCGCAGAUAGCCGUGUGGAAGCUGCUCGACGAGGCAUGGGGCCACGAGGGGUACCUGCAGUGGCUCAUGAAUCUGAGCACGGAGUACACGAAACGUCGUGACUGGCUCCUGGACGCCUGCGAGAGACAUCUCCCCCGUGCCAUCGUGAGCUGGACGCCGCCUGUAGCCGGCAUGUUUUUGUGGCUCGAGAUUGAUCACUCCACCCACCCGGACGGCCCCUCGCGCCCGCUGCUCGAGAUCGAGGAGGAGAUCUUCAACUCCUGCAUCGACAAGGGCGUCCUCUGCGCCCGCGGGUCGUGGUUCCGCACUGAGCAAGACACGCCGCUCAAGAACCUCUUCUUCCGCGCCACCUUUGCCUCGGCCAGCGAGAAGGACAUGGACGAGGCCAUCCAGCGUUUGGGCGCCGCCAUCAGGGAGAGCUUCCGUCUUUCCUGA